CCUAGACUCUGAUAUUUUGGCUCUACCGUGUCCUCUCCUCUCCGUACAAAUAGCCGUUACUCUUUUUCACAAUAUUUUCACUUCUAAGCAACAACACCUAAAACGAGCAGUGGAAUAUAUAACUUUGUUUUCUUUCUCCCUUUUCUUCUUUUGCUUUUUUUCGCAACCAAAAAAAAAAAGCAAAAGCAAGCGACUGUGUGAGAUGCGCUACAAACUCAUGACACAAGUUUUAGUACCUUCUCCGCCACCAACCCCCGCCGCCGCAGAUUCCGGCGGUGGCGGAUCGAUGGUAUCUACAGUUUUCAUGGUCCUCCUCCUCCCCUGCGUCGGUAUGUGCAUCAUCUUCAUAAUCUAUCUACUCCUCUUGUGGUGUUCUACACGUCGUCGUAUUGAACGUCUUCGAUUCGCGGAACCCGUUAAGCCAGUCACCGGUAAAGGCCUUACCGUGUUAGAGCUCGAAAAAAUCCCAAAAGUCACCGGGAAAGAGAUUGCCGUAAUGGCUAGGUCGACAGAAUGUGCCGUUUGCCUUGAAGAUAUCGAGAGUGGUCAAUCGGCUCGUUUGGUUCCUGGUUGCAACCAUGGCUUUCACCAGUUAUGUGCUGAUACAUGGCUAUCCAACCACACGGUUUGUCCUGUUUGCCGCGCCGAGCUGGCUCCGAACCUUCCUCCAAUCAGUGAAGAUCAAAGUCCAUGUUGAAAAACAGAAUCUUCAUAAAUAUUCUUUCCUUCUUUAUUACACAUUUCGUUUAUUUCCCUUCUUUGUUCUUUUUAUUGCCUUUUGUGUAAGCGUUACAUAGAGAAGUUUCCAGGUAUUAUAGUUGUUUUUUUUUUUCAUGUGUACAUGAAAUAAUUUAGAGUAAAUUACAACAAAAUUUUGUCAAA